CCUGGUGCGCUCGUGUCAGCAGAAUGUGAAAUCCCCCCUCCCUCCCGUCGACACGGAAGACGAGAAGAACGGCGAGCGGCGACAGCGCCACAGCGGGAAUGCGGCGUUCGGGCGGGGCCUCGUCUUGCGGCAGCGACUGUCGAUUCGGUGAGCCGAAAGCCCAGCGGAGGAGCGCUGCGUUGGCGUGCGGCGGCGGCGGCCUCGUCUGUUUCGGGGAGCGCAAGUCACGCGAUGCGGAGGGUCGAGUGACGCGGCGGCAUCGAGCGGCUCGAUCCGGAGCGGGCGGGGAGGAUGAGGAGCCCCCGCGCCUCGUGCGCCUGGGCUUGUCACCUCUCGGCGGGGAGGCUCCAUUUUAGGAGAAAUGUAGGAUUGCUUAAUAUGUUUUCUCACUUGAAAAUGUCAACAUCCGAGGUUCCUAAUCCCAAAGACCCGGAAAUUGUUGAUUCUCUUCUCCUUGAUCUGUUAGAUCCAGAAAACAAAGCGUAUGCCCUUUCCAUGUUACCUAAGAAAAGGGAGACGCUUAAUAAUUUGGCUCCACUGCUGUGGUACUCUUUUGGCACAAUAGCUGCACUGCUCCAGGAAAUUGUGUCAAUCUACCCUGCACUUUCACCCCCAACAUUAUCAGCAAGUGCAGCGAACCGAGCCUGCAAUGCACUUGCACUUCUUCAGACUGUUGCAGCACACCCUGAGACCAGGACCCCCUUUUUAGAAGCUGAAAUUCCCUCGUACUUGUUCCCAAUCUUGAACACUACCAGCGAGGCCAAAUCUUUUGAGUACCUGCGUCUUACUAGCCUUGGUGUUCUCGGUGCUCUUGCUAAGGUAGAUGAUACUGAAGUUGUCAAAUUCCUGCUGAAAAAAGAGGUCAUUCCUCUGUGCUUGCGAAUCAUGGGGACAGGCAGUGAGCUUUCAAAAACAGUGGCCACUUUCAUUGUCCACAAGAUUAUGCUAGAUGAAGUGGGGCUACAGCAUAUAUGUGCCACCCCGGAAUGUUUCUUUGAGGUAGCCAAUGUUUUAGCAAACAUGGUGGUUGCAUUAGCUGAACAGCCCUCCACCAGGUUGCUGAAGCACGUUAUCCACUGCUACAUCAGGCUGACGGAUGAUCCCAGGGCAUGUGCUGGGUUGCGAACUCACCUUCCUGAGGCUCUGAGAAACGGAACAUUUGAUAACUGCCUUAGGGAUGACCCUGUUGCAAAGCAUGUCCUCCAAAAAUUGUUGGAUAAAUUGGCUAGUCCUGCCGGCGAAGCACCUCAUCCAGGUCCAGGUCCUGCGGCAGGCGGGAGACAUGGAGAACCCGCUCCGGCAGGCCCAAGUCACACGCCGUGAUGUAUUAUGUAUACAGAUUUGGUUGCUGCAAUCCAAAAUUGGCUACAGCGAUGCGAUUAUCUUCUAGCGAAUUGCAGCUAGUGGAAGACCGUGCAUGGCUCUCGAACAAAGCGUUAUGCUGGAGUUUAUUACCGUUUCAAUAAGGAUUGAGCCAGUCCAGUGUGGCGUUGUAGUAAUAAGCGCUGCAAACAUUGCAGUGCCUGCAGUAGUACUGCUUUAUGCAUUAUUAAAAUUUUUGGACACCAAAAAUUGAACAAAAUCAGUUUUCGAAAUAGCGAGAUGUAAGAUUUAGCAGUAGCCUUCUCUAAGGUAGUUAUAGCACUGUUAUAGUGGGCCUUGUUUAGUUCCCUAUUUUUUUUAGGUUUUGAUACUGUAGCACUUUCGUUGUUAUUUGGCAAUUAAUGGCAAUUAAUGUCCAAUUGUGGACUAA